GAAAACCUCAAACAUGUGAAGAGUGGGAACGACUUCAAACACCUGGAAAAGAAACUGGAAGAAGUCAUCCAAAAGAAGCUGCUCCUGCAAUCUUUCAUCAGACAUGCUGGAGUGAGUGAGGAGGAGGUGAUGGCGACACACCGUGAUCAUGUCACAGAUGAAGCCUUUCGGCCGUUCAUGACCCUGAAGGAUCCUGAGAAAUGUGGUGAAUGGAAGGCCCACAUUCGUUUAUGCAUUCAUGGAGAAGUCACUAAGAAGCUGAAAUAUGUCUUUUGGGACUCCAUGCUCACCAACGCAGACUUCAAGGGGAGAGGUACAUACCAACUGCUUUUUCUAGUCGACAACGAAUCAGAAGCUGGCCACAUAAAAGAGAGGAUGAAGAGUAUGGACGUCAAGACUGAUACUGCAAUUCUUCUCGGGAGAGCAAGUGAAGGUGAGCUUUUUCCCAGGACACAUACCCUGGCAGUCAUUGGCAGCAAGCGUUGUAUAUCCCUGAGUAAUUCUGUUGUGACCAUGAAGGAGUUCUUGCAAGCCAUUGCUGGAAAUUCUCAGGGUUGGAUCUUAACCAGCGCUCGCUGGAUUCGAGAAGAGGAUCUGCCUGCCCAGUUGAAAUUAUUGUCGCUGGUCGAUUUGGAGUUUGGGUUGGAUCCAAGGAGAAGCAGCCAGGACAUUGAUCAGGAGCAGGCCAGUGACCUCCUAGGACAUGCAAGAGUGGCUUUGCAGGAGGCCUUACUCAUGGAAAAAUUUAUGGAAGUUUAA